AUGGAAUUUGUUGCACCAAAGAUUGUUGAUGGAGAAGUGGAAAUUCAGAUUGAAGAAGCGGAUGUUGAAGCAGAAGUUAAAUUAUGGGAAUCUGCUCUCAUUAUGUAUGCCUUGGGUGUUGACCUAAGUAUGAACACGGUGAAACAGUUCAUGAGCAGAACCUGGAACUUUGUGACACUACCUGAGAUGUUCUACAAUGAGGAAGGUUUUUUCAUUCUUAGUUUCCACUCAUUCCAUGAUAAGGAAUUAGUUCUGAUGAAGGGGCCAUACUCAAUCCGUAAUAGACCGAUGAUACUGCGUGAAUGGAAACCUGAUUUUAGUAUGAACAAGGAUAUGCUAAGAACAAUAUCGUUAUGGGUGAAGCUACCCCAACUUCCCCUUCAUCUUUGGGGGGCACGAAGCCUUAGUAAAAUAGGAAGUGAAAUAGGAACUCCUCUGGUGACUGAUGAAUGUACGACAAAUAAACCCAGGGUCUCCUAUGCACGAAUCCUUGUGGAAGUUGAUGUUACACAAGAGUUAAAAACAGAAAUCCUAAUCAGAGAUGAGAAGGGUGUGCGAAUGAAACAACUUAUUGAGUACGAGUGGAAACCUUUAUACUGCCAACGAUGCCAUAAAGUGGGGCAUAAAUGUGCUAAGCCUGCAAAACUAACUAAAGAAUGGAGGGUGAAGGGCCAAGUGCAACCAUAA